AUGGACGGUUCCGAUCAAGAGGAUGAAGUCCCAAACGUUAACUUUGUGCCAAGUUUGCUGUUUGUGAAGCGGGGAGUCGCCAAAGCCAAUCCCGAUAAGGUAACGCUGACACCAGGCGAGUUGGCCCGGAUAAUUAACGACACCCGGGAUGAUUUGGAAGAGGACGGCGCCGAGGGCAUGGACACUUCCGACGACGAGGAGAACGAGGAAAGUGCCGCCCGGUUAGUGAGCCGUGCUGAAACGGCUCAGGCUUCCGGCAGUGGUUCUCGAGCGGUGGCAGGAGGGGACGAAUUUGGUUUCGAGGGAUACGAACAGGAAUCUGGAGAGCCAGUAGUGCGAUUGAGCUCGGUGGCGGUUGUAGAUCCAGAAGAAAACAUCCAGGAUGAGGACGACUCCGACGCGGAAGAUGAGGUCAUCAAACCAACGGACAAUCUCAUUCUGGUUGGCCACGUUCAGAAUGAUAGUGCCUCGAUGGAGGUUUACAUUUACAACGAGGAAGAAGGCAGCCUGUACGUUCAUCACGAUUUUCUGCUGCCGAGUCCGCCGCUAUGCAUCGAGUGGUUAAGUUUUGAUCCGGGCAGUGACAAACCGGGCAAUCUGUGCGCUAUCGGGUGUAUGGAUCCAGUUAUUACCUUGUGGGAUUUGGACAUUCAGGAUUCUUUAGAGCCGGUGUGUAAGUUCGGUUCGAAGGGGAGCCGGAAGAAGAAUAAGCCCAAGGUGGGUCACUCGGAUGCGGUGCUGGAUCUGUCGUGGAAUCGAAACUUGGAACACAUUCUGGCCAGUGGCUCGGUCGACCAAUCGGUCAUCCUAUGGGACAUGGAAGAUGGCACCCCGCACACCAUCAUCCGGGAUUUCGGCGAAAAAGUUCAAACAUUGGCAUUCCACCCAACCAAGGCGGAGGCCCUGCUGGCGGGAAGCUGCGACGGAUUGGUCAAAGUGUUCGACUGCCGCGCCACAAACAACGACACCGCCAGUUACAAAUCGUGGAGUCUGGGAGGAGAGGUGGAGCGUGUUUGCUGGAGUCAUCACAAUGAGUACCACUUUGUGGCCAGCACCAACGAGGGCCGAAUCCAUUACGUGGACAUCCGGCAGGAGCACCCCCUGUGGUCCAAGGAGAUUCACGAGAAGGAAAUCACCGGACUGGUGCUGAGUUCCAAAGUUAAAGGAAUGCUUGCGACCGCUUCGUCCGACGGGACGCUCAAGGUUUGGGAUUACGACGAUCAGGAUGCUCGGCUAACGUACAAGAAGAAUCCGAAAAUUGGGGUGAUCCAGUGUUUGGACGAGUGUCCGGAGAAUCCGUUUGUGAUGGCGAUGGGAGGAGACCUGAAGACGAAGAAUUUCACCGUCGUUAAUCUGUUGGAUAAUGAUAUCGUUACAAACGUGUUCAAAUCUCGAUUUGAUCCAAGCUACGUGCAACCGACGACCGAAGGAGGGCUUCCAAUUGAAGGUGCAGGGGAAGAUGCCUCCAUGAGUGAAGGUGACGACGAGGAAGAUGUUUAGGUUAAAUAAAGUUACUGUUAAAGUGGUAUUGUAAAGUAGUUACCACU